ACCACCAACUUCCAAUGGAGCAACACAACCCAUUACCCUUCCUCAUUCUCUUCUUCUUUUUCUCAUUCUUCCCUCCCCUGUUUCAAUCACAAGACCUCCGACCCUUCAUCAUCCAGCUCCAUCCCAAGUCCCAAACCACCUCCAACCAUCAUCAAUGGCACCUCUCCUUCCUCCCUUCUUCAUCCCGCCUGCUCUACUCCUACCACACCACCCUCAUCGGCUUCGCCGCUCUUCUCUCCCCUGAUGAAGCUGAUGCUCUCCGCAACUCCCCCAGCGUCAUUGCCGUCCACCCCGAUCGCUAUCUCAAACUUCACACCACCUACUCCUACAAAUUUCUCAACCUCGCCGGCACCGCCGGUUCUCCAGGGCUCUGGACUGGCUCCAAAUUCGGCCGUGGUGCCAUCAUUGGAGUCCUUGACACCGGAGUCUGGCCGGAAAGCCCUAGCUUUUCUGACCACCACAUGCCGCCAAUCCCUUCCAGGUGGAAAGGAAGUUGCCAAAUUGGCGAGAACUUUAACUCCACUAACUGCAAUCGUAAGCUCAUCGGUGCUAGAUUCUACUCCAAGGGUCACCGUGCCAAUUCUCCGGCCGCCGGCACCGCCGCAUUUGAAUACAUUUCCCCCCGCGAUGCUCAUGGCCAUGGGACACACACUUCCUCCACCGCCGGCGGGGCCUCCGUAAGUGGCGCUAGUGUGCUUGGCGCCGGAGCUGGAACGGCGACCGGCAUGGCUCCGGGUGCUCACAUAGCCGUUUACAAGGUGUGCUGGUAUAAUGGAUGUUAUAGCUCCGACAUUCUCGCUGGAAUGGAUGACGCCGUUCAUGACGGUGUUGAUGUGCUUUCUCUCUCACUUGGAGGUUUUCCUAUGCCAUUGUUUGAGGAUAGCAUCGCCAUUGGAAGCUUUCGAGCUGUCGAGCGAGGGGUGGCUGUCGUCUGCGCUGGGGGAAAUAAUGGCCCUGCUGCGAGCUCUGUCGCGAAUGAAGCGCCGUGGAUUACAACGGUUGGCGCCAGCACGAUGGACCGCCGGUUCCCGGCUGCUGUACGGUUGGCUAACGGUCGACUUCUUUAUGGGGAGUCUAUUACGGGAUUUUCAAAUAAUGGCGGGAAGGUGCCGGAGCUGGAGCUGGUUUAUGAGAAUGGCGGGAACAGGGGAGCUGAGUUCUGUUUCAGGGGCUCGCUUUCAAAAUCUAAAGUCAAAGGGAAAAUUGUCAUCUGCGACCGCGGAGUCAAUGGGCGUGCCGAAAAAGGUCAAGCUGUCAAAGAAGCGGGCGGCGCCGCCAUGAUUCUCGCGAAUGCUGAAAUAAAUCAAGAAGAAGACUCCCUCGACGCUCACGUUCUCCCCUCAACUCUCAUCGGCUUCAACCAAUCCAUCCAACUCAAGUCCUUCAUCAAUUCCACUAAAAUCCCUAAAGCUCGAAUCAUCUUUGCCGCCACCGCCACCACCGGCAGGUCACGUGCUCCUUCCAUUGCGCCCUUCUCCUCACGCGGCCCAAGCCUAACGAUCCCCUCCGUUCUAAAGCCCGAUAUAAUUGCCCCGGGGGUCAAUAUCAUCGCAGCUUGGCCCGAAAACCUUGGCCCAUCUGGCCUUGCCGAUGAUCACAGGCGUUCGAAUUUUAGUAUUCUUUCGGGGACUUCUAUGGCAUGCCCGCAUGUGAGCGGGAUAGUAGCACUGGUUCGGGCUGCGCAUCCAAGCUGGAGUCCGGCGGCUGUCCGGUCAGCUAUUAUGACAACGGCCGAUGUUUUGGACCGAUAUGCAAAACCGAUAAUGGAUGGGGUCGAACCUGCCAAUAUAUUUGCCAUGGGAGCAGGUCAUAUUAAUCCGAGCAGGGCUAUGGACCCGGGACUGGUUUAUGAUAUUGAAUCAGAAGAUUAUGUUAUUCAUUUGUGCUCGCUUGGGUAUACGAAGUCCGAGAUGUUUGCUAUCACACACCGGAUUGUGGAUUGUGGUGACAUUAAGGAAAAGAACAAGUGGUUUAGUUUGAACUAUCCUUCCAUUUCUGUGGAGUUUAAGAGAGGAACAAAUGUGAUUAUGACGAGGAGGACAGCAAGUAAUGUGGGGAAGAUUAAUUCAACUUAUUUCGUGAAGGUGAGUCCACCAAAGGGAGUGAGGGUGAGAGUGGUGCCUAAAAGAUUGAACUUUGGAGCGAUAAAUGAUAAGAGAAGUUAUCUAGUUUGGUUUAUGUCAAGGAGAAAGGACAAGACAGAGGGAUAUAGUGAAGGGGAGAUCAUUUGGGUGGGUGAAGAGGAGGAAGGCAACAGGGUGAGGAGCCCUGUGUCUGUCGAAUGGAAACCAUAAAAGUAAAAGAUUAAAUUUGAAAAAAUAUAUUUAAAA